AUUUCUUAUAUUCACACAAAAUAAUAUUUUCACAGAAUAUCAAAAUGUGUGAGUCACUUUAUCUUGUUCCGCUGGGGGCGCUGUCUGGGUUUUUCUCACAGUGACGGUGAGAAUUCCGACGCUCCCUGAAGGCGUCCCGAGCUUCCGCUGUUACGUCACACAGUUUCCGGUCAGACGCUUCUCCAGGAUCAGCCGACUGUUUUCAACUUUAACUGUUUUGUGUUGAAACUUUUGAACACGCGCAGCUUCCGGCAUGCAGGCGCUGCGACGGUUCAAUCUGCGGCCGCUGCGAAACUGGAGGGAUUAUCAUGUGACAGCACAAGUGUUGACCUUUGACCUGAGGAAAGUGGAGCUGAUGCCUCUGGAUCAGAGGAAACUGACCUUUGACUCUCAGGCCAUGGUGACGGAGCUGCGGCAGAGCGGUUUUGACGAGCGUCAGUCCGACCUCAUCGUCUCCGCUCUGGUGACGCUGACCACGUCCAACAUGGACAUCGUGUACAAAGACAUGGUGACCAAAGCUCACCAGGAGAUCACCGUACAGCAGAUCAUGGCUCACCUGGACUCCAUCAGGAAGGACAUGGUGAUCCUGGAGAAGAGCGAGUUUGCCAGCCUCCGCUCAGAGAACACGACGAUGAAGCAGGAGCUGGAGCAGCUGAAGACUCGACUGAAGGAGGAGAAUCAGAAAGUACGAGCGGAAACUAAACUAGACCUCAACUUAGAGAACAGCAGGGUCUCUGACAUGUUCAAUGAACAAAAGAAGAAGCUGAUGGAGGCCAUGACAGAGUUUCGUCAAAAGAAAGUCGACCUGAAAAACGAUAACAUGGAGAUCAACAAAAAGAUCGACCUGCAGGUGGCGUCGCUCAAAACUCUGCUGGAGUCUCUGAAGCUGGAGAUGAUCACCUACCUGGCAGGGACCAUGUUCUCCUGCCUCGCCAUCACACUCUUGGUUUACAGACUGUGGAGGUGAAGGACCAGGACUGGGAUGAGGACCAGGAUUCACCCUCCAAGUGCACCAACAAAUCCAAAUCUGAACUCAAAUACAUUAAAGUGAUAUUUGUUAAAGUAACAGCAGUAAAAGUAUUUCAGUCUUUUAUCACAAACAUUGACUUAAGUUUUACUUUAAUUACAUUUACAAAUUAAGUACAUUUACACAAACUGUAUUUUUAAAGCUGCUUUCAGACCUGGUUUCACCCUGAGUUGAGUGCAAUAUAAACCUGGAUUAGAUCUGGUGAGUCUUUUUUAACAUGGUUUUGAACCUCACAGACUAAUGUAACACUUUUGUGAAUCUGUGUUGUAAAUGUUUUUUUGUUGGAAUAAAUGUUUAUUUAAAUUUGGUAA